AUGUCUCGGCAGUCGAUCUGUAGAAGCUUUGGAGGCGGAAGCAGAAGGGGAUACAGCUCUUGCUCUGCCGUCGGUGGUGGCUUUGGAGGAAGCGGGGGCAGAAGCAGGAUCAGCUAUAGCUCAUUCUCCACAUGCAGGGGAACUGGAGGCGGCGGACGUUGUGGAGGCUUUAGCAGCAGGAGCCUCCAUAAUAUAGGUGGAAGUGGAAGGAUUGCCGUGGGUGGAUGUUAUGGUGGUGCAUAUGGAUCUAGAAUUGGUAGCUUUGGUGCAGGCUAUGGAGGAGGAAUUGGCAGCUUCGGAGGAGGUGUCAUUGGUGGAGGAAUAGGCAGCUUUGGUGGCUCUGUGAGAGGUGGCCCUGGGUUCCCUGCAGGCAUUCAACCUGUGCAAGUUGACCCAACCCUCCUGCGGCCAGUCCAUGUUGAUAUUGAUCCUCAGAUCCAACAAGUGAAGUGUCAGGAGAAGGAACAGAUCAAGACCCUUAACAACCAGUUUGCUUCUUUCAUUGACAAGGUUCGCUUCCUGGAGCAACAGAACAAGGUCCUCUCCACCAAAUGGGAGCUCCUGCAACAGCAAGGGCCUUCUGGGCCAAGGAAGAACCUCGAUGUCAUCUUUGACGGUUACAUUCAGAACCUGAGAAGGAGACUGGACUCUCUUGCGGGACAGAGGGGAGAGUUGGAGUCUGAGCUGCAGUGCAUGCGCCAAUAUGUCGAGGAUUACAAAAGCAAGUAUGAAGAAGAGAUCAACAGGCGCACCGCUGCCGAGAAUGAGUUUGUGGUGCUCAAGAAGGAUGUGGACUGUGCCUACAUGACCAAAGUAGAGUUGGAAGCAAAGGUGGGAGCUCUGACUGAUGAAAUCAACUUCCUGAGGAACAUAUAUGAGGAGGAACUGGCUCAGAUGCAGUCAUUCAGCCGGGACUUGUCCGUGGUGGUGUCUAUGGACAACAACCGCCACCUGGAUCUGGACAGCAUCAUUGAGGAAGUCCGACAGCAGUAUGAACAGAUUGCUCAGAGAAGCAGGGCUGAGGCUGAGGCUUGGUACCAGAGCCGGUAUGAGGAGCUGCAGAGCACUGCUGGAAGGCAGGGAGACAACCUGCGUAAUACCAAGAUAGAGAUCCAAGAGCUCACCAGGAACAUUCAGAGGCUGCGGGGUGAAAUUGAGAGCGUGAAGAAGCAGAUCCAGCAGCUGCAGGCAGCUAUUGCUGAGGCAGAGGAGCGGGGUGAGCUGGCCAUCAAGGAUGCCAGGAGGAAACUGGAAGAAUUGGAAUGUGCCCUGCAGAAAGACAAGGAGGAUCUUGCUCGCUUGGUGAAGGAAUACCAAGAGCUGCUGAACACCAAGAUUGCACUGGAUGUUGAGAUUGCCAUGUACAGGAAACUGCUGGAGGGAGAGGAGAGCAGGCUGUGUGGAGAUAACGCGUCCAACGUGAAUGUCUCUGUGGUAGGCAGAACCACUGUUGCUGGAGGUCGAGUUGGAGGCUUCGGAGUCGGCAACGGUGUGGGAGGAGGAGUAUGCACAGUCGGAGGAGGAAGCAUCGUGGGAGGCAGCUGUGGCGUGGGAGGAGGAAUCCUCAGCGGUGGCUUCUCCUCUGGAAGUGGAAGGGUGUGCAGCUCCGCAGGGGGCAGCUUUGGUCCUGGGGCUGGAUCCUCCUCCGUGCGGAGAUGCGUCACAACCACAACGGUCAAAUCUACAGGUGUAAAAUACUGA